UAAACCCAUCCGGCGCCAUCUUGUACUUCCUUGAGAAAGAAGGGAAGUAACUGCACGAUGUCAACAGAGCUCUGGAACAUACGUCGUUAGGAAGCUAAGGUACUCGAUCAAGGCUUUGAUAUGCAGAUGCAGACAUCAAUGGGACAAGCUGCAUCGUCAUUGUCCAGUCUGCUGGACAUGCCUUCAGAAGUAACCGAUGGGGACAGAGAAAAGAAUUUGGAGAAGAGUUUGCUUCAGGCACGUAAAGAGCUAACAGAUGCAGUGAGCAGUGCUGGGGAUCAUGGGCCAGCAGUGACUAAACUGCUGCAUUUGCAAUGCCCUAUUGCACUCAAGUAUGCACAGCUAAGCGUUGGGCAGAUGCUGAAAGAAAACUGUGAGUCAGUGGCUCAGAUAAAGACCAUCCCACAAGCACUUGGCAUUUUGGAGAAGUAUGGGCGACAUUUGCUUAAGCCACGAGAACGACGUGCUGAACUUUGGCGUCAGAUCAAGUUUAGCAAUGCAAUUUUUAAAGACAGAGUCUUACCCAUGAAGGGGUCACUGGAGGUGGUGCGUCAGAUGGGUUACACUGUAGAAAUAGACGAUGGGCUACAAUUUGAGGGAGAUGAGCCAGAUGCUGGGAGCACAAGCAGGCUGGUGGCAGACAUUGUGCUGGCUCGGUUAGAGAUGGAGAGGUAUCUGACAGGAACUCAUCCCCAUGCUGAAGUCAUCAGUGACCUGUUGCCACAGACUACCAUUAACCAGCUACAAGCAAUGUGGAGCACUGCAGCACAAGCAAGUACCUUUAAUGGGAAGCAGGAACCACCACUCUCAUCACAGAAACUUCUGCCUCAGCCUGUACAAGUUUCAGGUGCUACACAACAGAGCUUGGUGACAUCACAGGAUGACAGUGUCCAUCCUUUUCACAUGACAGAGCUUCCACUUGAUGACAAGACCGACCCUGUUGAUGUAUCACAUUUGGAUGACAGCAUGCGUAGAGCAUGUGACAUUUGUGGAAACAGACCUGCAGCAGUAUGGUGUCAUUCUUGUGACAAUAAGCAGCUGUGUGAUGCUUGCGAUGACAUGUGGCACAAACACCCCAAGAGGCUCAACCAUCAGCGGCAGUCCAUUACUUCUCUUCCUAGCCCCUCUGUUAGUACUGCUGCUGGUCUCAAUAUACAAGGACCCUUUGGGAUUCGUGCAGUAGAUAGCCUGAAGCAUCUGUCAACUAACCACAGGCAAGCUUCAGCACAAGACUGCAGUCCAGGGAAUGUACCAGUCCUCAGAACCAAUGAUUCUUCUGUUGAUCCUUUGCGAAACCAACAGAUGCCCUUUGAUGCUAGUUCAAGUCUUCUUCAGCAUCAGCAGCAGCUGCAGCACUAUCAUCAGAUUCAGCAACAGCAACAGAAACAACAGUUUGAUCAGAUGCCUGAGUAUAGCCCUAGUCACCAUCCAUAUUACAAUGCGAUGAUUGGGAACACAGGUCAGCAUGGCAUGCAGAACAUGAUGCUGCCAGCUCCAGAAGCCAACAGUCCAAGGAUGGGGCAGCCUGUAGUACAUCCAGCAUAUCUUCUUGCCCAGAACAUUUCCCAUCCCGAGCACACAACUCUUUUUAGACACAGUGGACCACUCCAGCAUUCUGUUGCACCUCCUUUUCUCCCAAAUUAUAUGUGGUCAGGACUCCAGCAACACAACCUCAAUGCAGUGCCUGUGCAGACAGGCAGAGACCCUCUGAUUGCGGCAACAAACAGCAGCAUGGUAGGUGUGCAUUAUUGUGACUUGUCAUUGAGGCGUUCUGGUCACAGCAUCUCAACGUUGGAAGGACCACCUGCAGUAGGGACAGAGUCUACCAAUUUGCUGGGUGAGGCAGGCAAGGGUGGCAAGAACAUGCGGCCUCAGUCAUUACCUGAGAACAGGUUAUCUUUGAUCUCUUCACCAUUGCUGAGCAGAGUGAUUGCAGAAAGCAAUUAUGAAAAGCGUGCUGCAAAAUGUGAAAUUCAUCUGAUGGCACUGAAAGAGGAAUUGCAAGAGGUGGAUGAUGCUUUAAAUGCUCUCAUGCUUAAUAAUGAUGAGUUUUGUGAGCUAGAAGAAUUUCGUUCCUUGAAUAAACGCAAAGCUAUGUUAAUACGAGAAUAUAAUACUCUGUCUCAGUACAAACAAGAACUUGCAAAGAUCAUAGAUAGUGGAGUGUAUGGGGUUUGUAGGAACGAUCCUGAUAUGUCUUCUGAGGUCUUUCAUCCACCUGCUUUUGUUUCUCCCUCCACUAUUCUGGUAAAGCCACAGAUAUCUGACCUUUCAACACAACUCCAGUCACAAGUGGACUUUUUACAACAGGGAUCACAACCUCCAUUGAAGAAACAGGAGCAGUCUGUUUUCCCAUCACAUUCACCUCGGCAUGUUGCAUUAACUCCUGGCAAUAUCAAGCAAUCAGAUUUUAGCCAGAAUGUUCUCCCUUGCUUAGAAAAUGUGGAUGAGAACUGUGCCAGUGGUGAUAGUCGGUCAUCUGUGGACAGGAGGAGCAUCUUACCACAGUGGAAGAUGGAUCCAUCAGGAUUAGUGCAUGGAGAUGGUGGUUAUGAAGCAGUGCCAGUCUCCACUGAGCAGCAAGUCAUGAUGAAUCUUACACCACCACAUCAGGUGUCUUCUGCAGCUAGCAGCAAUUGUGUAUACACUACUCUUGCCUCCCAGAAACAUCAAGUUGCUAUAGGUUCCAACAGCACAGAAAAACCUGCUCAAAGAGAUGAAGUUUUGAAGACUGUUUCUAACUUAGGACCAUUAAUUACUCAGCAAGGCACUGGUGACUUUCAUGGUGAUAAAACAUCUACCUGGAUGGCAGAAGCAAAAGAAGUGGGAAUGCAGUUUCCUGUUACAAAACCAAAGAUGCAGCCCCAUGCAGAGCAAAACAUGCCUCUUUUGCCUGUCCAACCUUUAGCACCACCAUCCAUGAAAGUUCCAGCAAGCCAUUUUGGGCGUUUUAAACCUCCAGGAGAUAAUUGGCAGUGCAACCACUGCACUCUCAUCAAUUCCCCAGGAACACGCAUUUGUGAAGCAUGUGAUCGCACCAGUGACAACCCAACUCUGAUUUCAAGUCAUAGAUCCUCUGAGAAUGAUCUUAAAACUGAACCCACCCAAAUAGAAAGUAAAGCUGAGCUGCCUUCAGCAGAUUCAGCAUCAGCAGAAGGUAAAGUGCCUGAUGGAAGUAUAAAGUCCAUGCAGUUAGAAAAGUUGCACUCCAAACUGGCUGCGGAACAAGACAAAGUGUACCUGGAGAAAAAAGAAGCCCAGCAUCGAUACAGCAUGAUGCUGCAGGCUAAAAGUGAGCAGCAGCAUAGUGCUCCAUCUUCACAUCAUGAUGAUUCUUGUGUAACCUCCCAGCAACAGCCCCACCCACCAGUACCCAAGAAGUCUUUGCAAAGUGCAACUCAAGGCACUCAUUUAAGUGCUGCAGAUGAUGACUCGGGGUUUGUUUCUGAAAAGCUGGCAUGCAGUGCUUAUGAAAAUAAAACAGAGCUCUGUGCUGUGACAAGACUGAAGCAGAAUGAUGACAGACAGAGAGUCAGUCUGGAAAGUGGGGGCAGCAAUAGCAGCAGCAGCAGCUUGAGGAGUGGUGAAUUAGCCUCAUUCAAUGAGGGAAACUUCCAGCAGACCAUGGAGCGCUUUUCUGAGCAAAAGAAAAUCAAACAAAUGCAGAUUGAUGGAGCAGAGAUUCUCCACUUUGUCAAGAUGGCAGACAGGUAUGGCUUCAGCUUUACUGAGAUAUGCAUAGCAUUGGAAAAGUUUGACAACGACAGCCGGGCAGCUCUCACCUGGCUACAAACAGAGUGGGAGAAACUUGUGGAUGUGGUCAUCUCCACUGUUAAAACAGAAGGACAGCGCAGUCAGCACAAUGAUGUUGGAGAGCUUUCGCGUGAAGAAGCUCAGGAAGCGCUAAGGGAGUGUGGAGGAGAACUUGUUCCUGCAGUCAAAAAAUGCACUGCAAAGAGAAGAGCAAUGUAUGCCCGACUGAACCCAGACAGCACUUUUGCCAGAGAGGAGGUUUUGCAAGCCAUGCUUCAAUGUCAAGGGAAUGAGGAAGGUGCUCGUCAGCAUCUCCAAAACACACUUCUUCAGCCCUUCUUGCAGCGAGUGUGGCAGGGGAUGGAAGAAGAUGAGUUGGGAGGAACUGUGGGUGUGGGUCGCUCUCUGCUGCAAAUGGCUAUUGCAGAAACAUGCCAAAGUGUGUCAACUAGUGUCAUCUCUCAUGAGGACUUUCAGCAGAGGGUUAAAGACAAGACUUUAGACAGAGAACGCCGCAUUCGCAUGGUUCUUGUGGAAGGCAAACUUCGUAGCUGGGGUCGAGCUGAGCUAGUCAUUAAGCUAUUAGAUCAUGACCUUCCUGCAGCUUACAGCAGCCAGGGCAUUACAAAUGGUGAAGACUACUACUGCACCUUAGAGGAUGUGGUGGAAGCUGUUCGCAACUGUGAGGAUAAGAGGUCAGCGCUGGUAUAUUUGAUGCAGGAGUGUCAGAUCUGUUUUUCACAUUAUCCAAUGAGCAAGAUACGUAACUUGAACUUUUGUCAGUGCAAAAUUUGCUCAGAUUGUUUAAAACAGAACUUUGAGGUGGUCAUUCGAGAAAAGCAUGUACGUCAUUGGACUUGCCCUUUAUGCAGUAAACCAGACCUUAAUGACGAGGAACUAGGUUCUGAAUAUAUCAACUUCCUUGGCAUGCUGCUUCAGAUGCAGGUAGACAAAGAGGUGUAUGACCUUUUUGAAACCAAAGUUAGGGAUUGGCACUUACAGAAAGAUCCACAUUUUCGAUGGUGUGCUCAUUGUGGCAAUGGCUUCAUCGCAGAUGGUGGAGACAGGCAGCUGAAGAUGGUGUGUCCUCACUGCAGUCAGAAGACAUGCUAUCAGUGCAAGAAACAGUGGGAGGAGCAGCACGAAGGUGUGACGUGCGAACAGUUUGCACAGUGGAAAAUUGAUAAUGACCCCAACAACCAGGCAGUUGGCUUGGCACGUCACCUAGAGGAAAAUGGCAUUGACUGCCCAAGCUGCAAGAUGCGAUAUGCAUUAGCUAAAGGAGGCUGCAUGCACUUUAAAUGUCCUCAGUGUGGGCAUGAAUUUUGUAGUGGCUGCUGCCAGCCUUUUUACCAACGCGGGAUGUGCAAUCGUUUAAAGAACUGCAAAAUGAAUGGCUUGCACGCACACCAUCCCCGAGAUUGUUUCUUUUAUUUACGUGACUGUGAUGUACAACAUCUGCAAGUUCUUCUGCAGAAUGCAAAUGUGGAAUUCAACACAGUGCCUCCGGCAAACCAGGAAGAGACUUCUCGCUGUCCAGUCAUUGAGCAGAAGGAAUUUGACUCUGGCAAAAGAGAUGAAUCAUGUGGCAAAGAUUCAGGGGAUGGCCUUGCAGGAUUGUGUCUACUACACUAUAAGGAGUACCUUGUGGGUCUUAUCAACAAGAAUAACAUUGACCCAGCCAUGUCCAUGAACAUUGAAGAAUUGAGAAAAGUGCUGGCAAGAGGAGAGAUGAAUGUGCCAAAACAGAAGCACAACGAGUCGUCUGCUGCAUAUCACAAACGUAUCAUUAAGCUGGUGCAAGAGAAAAUGCCAUUACCUCCAAGAUCAGCAUAAGAAGACAAAGCCACGUGACUAUGGAUGGUAACAUUAUUGGACAGGAUUUACUCAUCCUUUUGAAUGCAUCUUGAGCCCUGCAGUCAACAGGCAGUGCAACUAUUUAUGGUUCAGCAGACUUAUAAUUGAGAUGAUGAUGAUUCAUUGGGUUCAUAAUUAGUUGGGCAUAAUUCUUUGAAUGACUUAGUAUAAACUAUGUAAAUAAUCCUGAUUGAUAUUGGGCCAUGUUUUGUUUUUAAAAAAUCACCAAGGAAAAAUUUUAGACUAUUGUUACAGUAAGUGGGAAAUCAUUGGACGCUUUAUGAACUUGUGGUCAUAUGGUUGGAGCAGUAUUAUAUUUUCAGAUACCUUGCCUUUCACUUUGCAGGAGCGUAAAGUGUGUAAACUGAUCAGGUGAUCCUUCUUAUAAGACUUGAGAGGGAACAAGAGCUAUGGCAACCAUAAAAUUGUGUUUGUUUUCGCUCAUACCUUAGUUAUAUUUUAAUGCCUAAUCUUAUCUAUUUGGAGCAUAGAAGUGCUGUAAAGUGAUGCAUAGGAGCAUUUCUUUCAGAGGUUGUGCUGUGUUAUCAAGAGGCUUGCAAUAUUAGCAUGGUUAAAAUGACUUUAAGAAAUUUUGAGUGAUAUUAGAAAAGCUGUAAAAAAUAUGGGGUGACAGUUUCAUGUCAAGGACAUCAGUAGACAAAUAGCCAGUCCAGUCUUUAGAUAGUUCAGACCUACAAAGAGAGCAUGUCUACGCAUUUAAAGUAACAUGAAUCUGAUUGGCAAUGUAAAUAUGCCACAAAGUCAUUCUCCGUCAGUCUUCACUAUGUUAUAUUCCACUGAGACCAUAAAUGAUAAACAUUCAAAAGUUUUUAAUUUGUUCCAUAACUUUCUGUAAGUAGGCCUUGAUAUGAUGAUUUUUAGGUUGGGAUUUUUGGAUGUUUUCUAAUGAGAAGGAGAAUUCAAGUUUUUUUUUUUUUUAUCUGCCUGUGUGUGUGUGGGCAUGUUCUUUCAACAGCAAGAAUCAUCUAUUCCAUGGUUAAGAUUGAUUAAGAUGAUUUGAACAAAAAAAUUGCAAACUAUUUGCUUGAUUAAAGCAUUAGCAGUUGAUCAA